CACCUAUGAUUAACGAAGUAGGAGUUAUUAUUUAUAACCCCAUAGGUUUUGCUGUUCUUUCAUUGUUUUGAUCGCAAUUUUGAGGUCUUCUUAUAUUAAUUAUUUGAUUCUCAAUCUUCUCCUAUUUGUAUCAUUAUAUUAAGAAUUAAGUUGAUGUUAAAGUGAGAUGUUUUAAUUUUGAUUUUCUCAGAAGAUAUGAUGCCAGGUAGAAUGCCUUGUUUAUCAGAAAAUCCAUUGGGGGUGUCUUGGCAUGACAGUGCCUGGAUACCAAUAUUAAGUCCUGCAAAUAUUAUGGAUUAUUUUUCUGAAAGAAGCAACCCAUUUUAUGACAGGACAUGUAACAAUGAAAUGAUCAAAAUGCAACGUCUGAGCCUGGAUCAGUUAACGAAUAUGACUGGAGUGGAAUAUGCUCUUCUUCAUGUGCAAGAGCCUAUUCUAUAUGUCAUCAGAAAACAGCAACGAUAUAGUCCACAGCAAACCACACCUCUUGCUGAUUACUAUAUUAUUGCUGGAAAAGUCUACCAAGCACCAGAUUUAGGAUCGGUUUUGAACUCAAGAAUUUUAUCAUCUGUCCAUCAUUUACAAUCGGCCUUUGAAGAAGCUAGUUCUUAUUCAAGAUACCAUCCAUCUAAAGGUUAUUUCUGGGAAUUGAAAGUUUCUGACAAGCCUACAAAAAAAGAAAAUGUCAAGGAAGAACCAAGCUCACUUUUCCAGAGGCAAAGGGUGGAUAUGUUAUUGUUAGAGCUCACAAAGAAAUUUCCUUUACCUCCUGUGCCUCCACCCGCUCCUAUUAAGACUGAAGUAGAAAUAAAGACUGAACCAAGGGAAAUAAAAACAGAAAAGGUGGAUUCACCUAGGAUGAAACCUCCACCAGAAAAGAAACCAAGAUUAAAUUGAUGCUGCAGUAUUUAUCUUUCUUUUUUUAUUUACCCCCUUUAUAUAUGUAUAUGUGUAAUGUAUAUUUAACUUUAUCAUUAAUUUUGUAUAAAUAUUGAAUUAUAUUUAAAGAAAUGUUAUUCUUUGUUUGAUAGCUUCAUUUAAAAAAAUUAAAUUAAUAUGUUUUU